UUAAGAGACUCAAUUUGUGCUCAUACUUGGCUCUCUCUCUAGAUUGCUUUUCACCCUCUUUGCCAUCUCGAUUGCUUAUCACUCUCUUUGCCAUCAAUUCAUACAACUUCUCUCUUUCUAUCUCCAAAAAAAAACAGCAUCGACCAUGAGCUCCAUGAGCAAACUGGGCCUGAGCCUCACUAUAGUGUCCAUUCUCAUCUUCCUUGCUCUAAUCGUCGAGUUCUUCUACCUUCUUUACCAAUAUAGAAACACCAACAAAAACACCACACUCUCUCUCAACGAAGCCUGCACCCCUAACAACAACAACGAUCCCGAACCCAUCGUUGCAGGCCGGUUAAGAGAACAGUUGUCAGAUUCCGGCCAAAAACAUUUUCUGGCCACCGAAGUAGACUUCUCAUUGCCUGCUCCACCAAGGUUUCUGUUCACAAUUAAAGAGGAGAGUGAAUCAGAGGAGGGUGGUCGUGGUGGAAAGAGUAGAAAGAGUUCAUUGAGUUUUGGUUGCUUGAAUUACAUUUCAGGGGAAGAUGAAUCUCCUUCUUCCUCCACUUUUACUGCGACGCCUUAUAUGACACCGUGUUCUUCGCCUCAAUUCCCUACGCCUGCCUUUCCGCUGUGUUCUUCGCCUCAAUUCUCUACGCCACCUGCAACGCCGGAAAAUCUCCCCCAAGACCUGAGAAUCACCCGAGUUGGGUGGCCGGAAAUGUUUGGCAGAAGAUGAGGGAUGGCUGAUGGUUCUUCAAUGGGGUUUUGUAUAGGGAAAGAGAA